CGUGAUCUACAUCAGCCUUCUGUGCUCCCUGUCGCACGCUUUUUCAGCGGACCCCUGCAACCAGAGAUGUCUAACGGCACUUUUCAUCACUACUUUGUACCGGAUGGGGACUACGAAGAAAACGAUGACCCUGAAAAAUGUCAGAUGCUUUUUCAAGUGUCGGACGACCGACGUUGCGGGAUUGAAGCCGACGUGGAAACGUAUCUCAAAGAGGAGAUGAUCACCAUCAAAAGACAAGUGGAAGACGCGGCGCGAGUCUUGGAAGGGGUUGGGAAAAACAUUGCCUAUGAUCUGGAUGGGGAAGACAGUUAUGGGAACUACCUUCGCAGGGAAGCAACGCAGAUCGGAGAAGCUUUCUCGCAUUCAGACCGCUCUCUGGUCGAGCUGGAGAUGAAAUUUCGACAGAGUCAAGAAAACGAGGUGAGGGAAGUGAACAAGAUUAACGAUGAAGUGGUGCACAUGCUCUAUCACACCAGAGAGAUUUUAAGGGAGACACUAGAGAUCUCGUCUGGGUUAAAAGAUAAACACGAACUUCUCACCCUAAUCGUCAGAAGUCAUGGGACAAGGCUGAGCAGACUGAAGAAUGAUUUUAUGAGAGGCUGAGAUCUGAUUGCCCACAAUGGAUGAUCUUCACCCGUUCUCCCGUCCUCUAGUAAUAAUAUUUCAUUACUUCUGCAGCAUAUUUAUCAAAAUAUAUGUCGUAAUGUGAGAUUUGACGGGCAACAUGUGUAAAUGAUCCCCUCCCCCAACUUAAUAUUGCAUAUAAACUAACACUGCAUAUCAAGUCGGUUUGCGGCCAGCGUGCCUAUUUAAAGCGAGGAGGUUCAUAAAAGUGAUCCUGUUAUUCUGUAAAUUUUUUUUCAGUGUUUGUUGAACGUUCAUUGCUACGUAUGUUUUGGCGCCUUUAAAUAUAUACUGAUAUGUCACCUCAAACACCGCAGGCAGGUACAAGUAUUUUAAUACAAAAAAUAAAAGUUUUUUUUACCGCAACAGUGUUUAGGGUAAAAGUCAACCGUGUCGUUUUAAGCGAGUCUAAAAGAAAGUACAACGGGUCCUUUUUGGUUCCUGAACCCCAAUAUGGAUAGAAAUCAAACAUUGAGGCGGAUUAAAAAGAACAUUUAGAACAAAUUUGAGACAUUAGCGUUCUUAUUAACAUCGUCAUUUUAGCUGCCAUCUUGGCCUGAACAGGUCAUAAUAAAUGAGUAUAUACCGCACUACUCGAUUACAACAAUCUGACAGGUUUGAUUGAUGAUAUGGCUUUAAAGUCUGGAUUUGCCAACAAUUUCCGCUCUGCACUCAAGAGGUAAAACACCAAGCCUGUAUCGAGUUAAUGUUUAUUUUCUGAGCAUGUCUUGUGGUUGGAUCUUUUGACAUUAAAGGAUUAUUUUUCGGAGGGGGGCGCAGAUUUAAAAUAUAAACUUAUGAACAAAAGUUUGAAAGCGUGCACUGUUCAAUGAUUCAGAAGACGGAAUUUGGCAAUGAUCUGUUGGCUCCUGAGCCCUCACACCGCCUGACAGCGACUCACGCGUGUUAUUUGCCACGGGCGGCGCUGUUACCGUAGACACCUAUUCGACCCUACGAAAGUGCUGGCGCUGUUGAUAACUUCAGUGCAACAGCAGUAACAUUGUAACAUGUAAAACAGUCAGGUUCAAAGAACCACUUCAAGUUAAGCGCUACUCCUUUGCCUCAAAAUCCAUUUUAAAGAGGAACUCUGCACGGAAACUUAAUGUUUAUUUCAUUACACCAGGAAUUUUUGACGCAUACAAAACACUAAAUUCUAAAAUAAGAAAAGAAAUGAAAUUAUAGGGCCGGUCUAGCGGCUAGAUAUUGACCAAAUAACUAUUGUUGAUGCUUCUGAGUUCAUAUUUCAGAAUCUGAUAUUCUUCCAAACUAAUAUCGCCGUGGCUGGUAAACUGAAAGGGAUACUAUAGAUGUAAAAAUUGCUGAAUGGUAACCCAUUUUGCUUUGUUAAAGGAUCUUAAUUAAAAGACUGCCUCUUGGGAAACCCGUUUAUUGGUAGAAUUUACAGCAGGGUUUAUUGAAGCUUAAAAGUUAAUAAAGGAACAUUGUACUUUCGCUUA